CAAACUGCCUCAUCCCAAGUGGACCCUAGCAGCUGGGGGAAGAAAAGCACGAUCUGGGAGGCUGGUUUUUUUUUUUUUUUUUUCCCCUACCGAUACCCCUCCUUUUUUCUUUUUUCUUUCUUUCUUUUUUUUUUUUUGGUGUGUUUCUUUUUUAAAUUCUUGCCGUGUUGGAACUAGUGAGUGGUGGAAGACGAGGGAUCUCUGAAGCCUCAUCAGUCAUCGGGACUGUCAGGAAUAGUGGUUUAAGAGGAAGCUCGGCCUGGGGCACUAUACCCUGUCAUCCAGUUCCCUGCCUCGGAGAUAAAGAUUCCAGCUACAUGGGCAAACGCCUGGAUCAGCCACAAAUGUACCCCCAGUACACUUACUACUAUCCUCACUAUCUCCAAACCAAGCAGUCCUAUGCACCAGCUCCCCACCCCAUGGCUCCUCCCAGCCCCAGCACAAACAGCACCAGCAACAGCAGCGGGGAACAGUUGAGUAAAACCAACCUGUACAUCCGAGGCCUUCCACCAGGCACCACUGACCAGGACCUAAUCAAGCUGUGCCAACCGUAUGGAAAAAUUGUAUCCACAAAGGCAAUUUUGGACAAAAACACAAAUCAGUGCAAAGGUUACGGUUUUGUAGAUUUUGACAGCCCUGCAGCUGCACAGAAGGCAGUAGCAUCUCUCAAGGCAAAUGGCGUGCAGGCACAGAUGGCCAAGCAACAAGAGCAAGACCCAACAAACCUAUACAUCUCAAAUCUCCCCAUUUCUAUGGAUGAGCAGGAACUUGAAAAUAUGCUGAAACCCUUUGGACACGUCAUUUCCACAAGAAUACUAAGAGAUGCUAAUGGAGUCAGCAGAGGCGUUGGCUUUGCCAGAAUGGAGUCUACUGAAAAAUGUGAAGUGGUAAUUCAACAUUUUAAUGGAAAAUAUCUGAAAACACCACCAGGCAUCCCAG